AUGAAGAUUUCAUCCCUGGUUUUUGGGAGUGCCACAGCCCAGAUGGCAUCCCUUUGUGCUGAUAAUAAUGAGAUGGAAUGUAGAGGCGCGACUAUGUGCAACUGGACCGGAUCAUCAUGUGACCAAGCCAUGAGCGGAUCAAACAUGCUCAGCCCAGGAGUCAAUUCUGCCAUCACCAAUGCCCUAGCCGCUGCCAUGGGAAACAUGAAGCUCAGCCAGCAAACGACAGCAGCUAUCAAUCCAGCGAGUAACAGUCGCAUGGGCGGAAUCGGCAUCACAGCGAUGGCUGCUCCAUCCGUUGCGUCGACUAACUCUAGAAUGUUCUCCGGCAUCGGUGGCGGAGGCUUCGGAUUAGGUCAAUUCAUGACUUGUCCGUUCAACGUGCCAUUUUGCGAGCGUCAGGCUUGCACAAUGACUCCUCUCGACGUCAGCCCCCUCGAAAACGACGCUUACCAGUGCUACUCUAAUCCAGGCUGCUGUUUUGACGAGACACUUUUUGUCUACCGCCAAGCCUUUGGACCGGCAUUUUUCCGAGGAGUUCCUCUUUGCUACAGAGCGAUCGACAACCCGAUCUUCAACCAGCUGACUGCCAUGAACUACAAUCCAUAUUUCCUCAGCUCGAUUGUCAAUACAGUCAAGCAAGCAAAUAGGAAUGCAUUCACAAAUAUGCAAUCACGAAGCUUAAUUGGCUGCCCACCUCGAGCCGAUGACGACUACUCAAAGCUUGGCUUUAUCCAGAACGUUGUCGGAAACAACUGGUGGCUGAUGAGUCAACUUACGGACAAUGAUGGAUACGCGGAUUUCGUGGAAACCGUCAGUCCCGCUUGCGGCUGGUCAGGAAUCCUCGAAGAUGAAUGCUUCUUGAUCGGCUGCUGCUGGAAUAAGGGCAGCAAUACUUGUGGGUCUCCACUCAGCACUGGGCUCGGAAAAGACCGAAUCAACUCGUUUAUGCAGUACAAGAUGUACAAAGGAGUUUUCGGCGAUGACGAAGUUUCGAUCGGAGGAAAGGGAGGCAGCAUCUCUUCCGGUUUACCUCUCAAGCCAACUCAACCAGGAGGUCUUCCACCAUUCGUCGGUAGAAAACGAAGAAAUGCUCGGGAUCGCAGACAAGCGAAUCCUUUUGGCGCUGCUGGCAACCUUGGUAUGCUUGCUCUCAUGACAAACACUGGCAACAACAAUAACAAUGGCAAUAACAAUAACAACAAUCUCGCCAAUCUUGCUUUACUGAGUGGCCUGGGAGGCAACGCAGGGUUAGGAGGAAUGGGUGGUCUCGGUGGACUUGGCGGAAUGGGAGGACUUCCCGGAUUCGGUGGAAUGGGUGGCUUUCCAGGAUUCGGAGGAAACCAAAACGCAGAGAUUUGCCCAUCGCGCGAAAUAAGCUCUAAUUGCAUGGUGUCUACGCAAAUCAAAGCUUUCGAUUUCUCCCAGAAAUUGCUCCUCAAAGAAUCUUGCCGAGCAAAGGGGUGCUGCUGGGACGAACAACACUACACUACCCAGCAGUGGGGAAGUCCUAUCAUCACCAACUUGAACUGUCCCUGGAACUUGCCUGCAACGAUGAAUCUUUGGAGCUUCCCAAGUCUUCAGGCAUCUGUGAGAGGGUGCUGUGAGGCCUCUCCAUGCGUCGAUCGACAAGCUAGAAAUGGACAAAUGUUUCCUGGAAAUCGCAAUUCCUUCCCUCAACCAACUAACCCACCCACUCCAGUUGAGCCAAUGUGGACAAAUUGGUCCUCCUGGUCUUCCUGUAUGCAUUCCAUUCAAAAAAGAACCCGAAGUAAACCAGAAAGCCCACAAGAAGAAGAAAUCAGAACAUGCUCCGCGCCAGUCUGGUCGAAUUGGCAACAAAUCAGCCAAUGCAGCAAGCAAUGUGGCGGUGGAUCAAUGUCGCUUCGCCGAGACUGCACGGGAACUGCAUGCCCACGAUCUUUUGAAUACAAGGACGCUCCAUGCAACACUCAAUCCUGUGGCCAAGGCGGUUGGGGAUCGUUCAUUCCCCAAUUUGGUGGAAAAUGA